CCCCAGCCCCUCUUUCCUUUUAUCUCUCUUCCUCCAACACAACCACCAACUACUUCUCCUCAAACACAACCCAAACCACAACAACAGCAACCCAAGCUUCCAUUUUCUUCUACUUCUUCUUCAUCACCACAGAGGCCUAGUACUUUCUUCCCAACUUACCAGUCCCCACCACUCCCUCCUUCUCCAACAGUCAUCGCCACUUUCCCAGCCAACAUCUCCUCCCUUCUCAUUCCACAACCCCACUCCAAAACACACAACCACCGCCCCACCGCCGCCCUCGCAAUCUCCCUCUUUCUCCUCUCCCUCGCCCUCCUCACCAUAUCCGCCGCCUUCGCCUACCACCGUCACACCCACAACACUCCCUCCACCACCGCCGACGAUGACAAAGCUUCAAGAUCAGACAGUCUCCGCUUAUUCCCUCCGAACACUGCCACUUCCGACGCCAUCAGCACGGCAGCAAAUACAGAGGAUACACGAGUAAUAACAGAGCCAAGCUGCAACGUCAAUGACGGUUUCCGGCAGCCGUACCGGCAACUUACAGACUCGCCGGAGCUAAAUCCCUUACCUCCUCUUCCACGUCACAAUGUUAUGGCAUGGAUGAGUGAACAAAAGCAAGAAAAAGACGAUGAAAGAGAAGAGGAAGAACAAGAAGAAGAACAGUUUUAUUCUCCGAAAGGUUCUUCUUCUGGUAACAAACAGCAACACACUCUNNNAUCUUCUUCUUCACCAGUUGUUGCUGUUGCUACAACAAGCUCACGCUCCUUCAACGUUUUUCACUUUGAUAAAUUUGGUAGCAAAAGCUUCACUUCAAGAACACCUUCUUAUCCUCUUUCUUAUACUCUCUCUCGUUCUCCUUCUCUCAGUCUUAGUCCCGUCGAGAGCGUUAAUUCGUUGCCUCCUCACGAUCCUGCAUCCCCUUCUUUCUUUUCCUCUCAGACGACAAAACUGCCUCCUCCUCCACCACCGCCUCUGCCGCCGCGGUUUUAUGAGACUCCGGUGACGGAGUCUCAAAAUGUUAAUGUUGAUGUUAGAACUGAAACUGAAGAGAUUCUAAAGCCAAAGUUGAAGGCUUUACAUUGGGAUAAAGUUAAGGCCAGUUCAGAUAGGGCCAUGGUUUGGGAUCAGUUGAGACCAAGUUCUUUUCAGUUGAAUGAGGACAUGAUUGAAUCACUCUUUAUGCUAAAUAAUUUCAAUGGUAAUUCUGGUUUGGCUCAUAAAGAUAAUGCCCGGCGCCAAAUCAUUCAUCCUUCUUCUUUGCCAUUAGAAAAUAGGGUGCUUGAUCCUAAGAAAUCUCAAAACAUUGCCAUUUUGCUUCGGGCACUGAAUGUUACUAUUGAUGAAGUUUGUGAAUCCCUCAGGGAAGGCAAUUGUGAUACAUUGGGAACAGAACUUAUAGAAAGUUUAUUGAAGAUGGCUCCAACGAAAGAGGAAGAAUCAAAACUGAAGGAGUUUAAAGACGAGUCGCCUUUCAAGCUAGGUCCAGCUGAGAAAUUUCUUAAAGUCAUGCUUGAUAUACCAUUUGCAUUCAAAAGAGUGGAUGCUAUGCUCUACAUUGCUAAUUUUGAUUCAGAAUUAGAAUACCUUAGCAAGUCCUUUGAUACCCUGGAGGUGGCUUGUGAGGAAUUAAGGAAUAGCAGAAUGUUUAUGAAGAUACUUGAGGCAGUUCUGAGAACAGGAAAUCGAAUGAAUGUUGGCACCAAUCGUGGCGAUGCACAAGCAUUUGAACUGGACACACUUUUGAAGUUAGUUGAUAUCAAAGGAACUGACAGAAAGACUACUCUUCUACAUUUUGUUGUACAGGAAAUUGUCAGGACCGAGUGUUCUCAUGUAUCUGGUGUUGAUCAUCGCUCUGUCAACAAUAAUCAAUAUACACUUCAAGAUGAGGUCGACUCGAGGAAGCUUGGACUGCAAGUCGUAUCGGGUUUGAGCAGCGAGCUCGCCAAUGUUAAAAAGGCAGCUGUGAUGGAUUCAAACAUGCUAAGUAAUGAUGUCGCUAAACUUGCCAAAGGAAUCGAAAAAGUUGUGCAAGUUGUAAAACUGAAUGAAGAGUCGCCUUUGAAAGAAACCAACCAAAAAUUUUCUGAGGCAAUGAAAAGUUUCUUUGAGAAGGGGGAGGAAGAGAUUUCAAGAAUGCAAGCACAAGAGAAAAAUGCUCUCUCUUCAGUGAAGGAGAUAACUGAGUAUUUCCAUGGUAAUUCAGCAAAGGAAGAAGCUCAUCCUUUUAGGAUAUUUAUGGUUGUGAGGGAUUUCCUUUCAAUACUAGAUGGUGUGUGCAAGGAAGUUGGUAAAGCAAAUGAGAGGACUUUAGUUGGUUCCAGGCAAUAUGUGAUGCCUGCGAUCACUACACUGCCACCUAUUUUCCCUGAGUUUAUUGGUAAGCUAGCAUCUGAUUCUUCAGAAUCAGAUUAGCCUCCAAAAUAUUCCAAUCCAUUUAGAACAAUGUGAGUUAGUUUGUAUAUGCUUGGUCAUUGAUGGAUUGGAUUUUACCAUUCCUCUGAUGAUAGAAGGUAGUGCUAUUAUAGCACAUGUCUCCUAAAGAAUUAUGUACAUGUCUUAGUCCGCAGAUUAUAUAACAAGUUUAUAAGGUACCCACUUUGUGUGUGCUCACUGCUCAAUGGACUGCUCUGCAUUGUGUUCAUCAUAUAUAAAUGAUCAACAGCAGAAAUUUUGGCAUUGUUUUUUCUAAUCAUUUAUAUAAAUUGAGAAUUAUUA